AUGAGGGACCGGCUGGCGGAGCUGCGGCAGCGAGCCGCAGCCGAGGGGGACCCGCACGAGGAUGCCCAGUGCUUCGACAACCCGGCCUUCGCUGGGGAUGAUGCCAGCCCCGUCGGCCGGGCGCUGCGGGAGGCAGCCGAGCUCUGGCGAGCGCUGGACCGGCUGGAGCAGCUCUCCGAGAGCAUCCACAGGACGCAGCAGACGGUGCUGUGCUGCACCUCCGAGGAGAGCAUUGCCCGGGAGAAGCAGGGGCUUGGCGCUGCCAGAGCCGCCUUCGCCCGUGAGGCCAUGGCCCUGCAGCCCCAGCUGGGCGCCCUCCUGGCAGUGCCGGAGGGGGGGACGGGGCGAGCGGGCCCCCGCGUCCGCCAGACCCAGCUGUGGCUGCUGCUGCGGCGGUACCGCACCGUCCUCGCCCGCCACUACGCCCGGGAGAGCCGCUACCGGCAGAGGCUGAAGGAGCAGAUCGGGAGGCAGGCGGAGCUGGCGGGCAUCGCCCUGGGGGCCGAGGACUUGGACCGGCUGGCCGAGAGCCCCGAGGCGCCCCGCAUCGUGGGCCGGGACCUGGAGGAGCUCAAGGCCAAGCAGCACCUGGCCUUGGCCCAGGCGCGCCAGCGGCAGCUCCUUGACCUGGAAGCGCAGAUGGCGGAGCUGCACGGGCUCUUCUUGCAGCUGGAGGGGCUGCUGGCCGAGCAGCACGGGGCUGCUGACAGCGUGGAGCACUACGUCCUGCGCACCCUCGACUACGUCGCCCAGACCGGCGGCGAGGUGAAGAAAGCCUUCAAGUACCAGCGGCCGUCGCGGCUCUCGGCCCUGUUGACAGCUGUGCUCGGCCUCUGCGCCUGCUGCACCUGCCUGCCCUGCCUCGGCGGGACCGUCCGCUGA